CGUAUCCCCUGUUGAAAAACCCAGCACCCAACUCCGUAAAGGUGAACUCUUUAGCUAAAUCUAAAGGAAAAAUCCAGCAAAAAAAUAUGAACAGAGAAAACACAUGGAGUGGUGCGUUUCGAUGCCAAAGGUUGAACUUCAUGCUCACCUCAAUGGUUCAGUUAGGAACUCUACUCUAUUUGAACUUGCUAGAGCUUUGGGUGAAAAGGGUGUCAUUGUUUUCUCAGAUGUGGAGAAUGUUAUAAUGAAAGAUGACCGUACACUACAUGAAGUGUUCAAGCUGUUUGACCUCAUCCACAUUCUCACUACCGAUCACUCGACCAUUACAAGGAUUACGAGAGAAGUCAUUGAGGAUUUUGCUUCCGAGAAUGUUGUAUACCUCGAGCUUAGAACAACUCCUAAGAGAAAUGAUUCUAUAGGAAUGAGCAAACGAUCGUAUAUGGAUGCCGUGAUGGAGGGUUUAAGAGCUGUCAGUUCAGUCGAUGUUGAUUAUUCACCUACUGGAUUGAAGACCGAUACAGUUAAUGGAACUGCUCGAAAGAAGAUAUAUGUAAGGUUUCUUCUCAGCAUCGACCGACGUGAGAGCACCGAAGCUGCCAUGGAAACCGUUAAGCUUGCACUGGAAAUGAGGGAUUUAGGGGUAGUCGGCAUUGAUCUCUCCGGAAACCCAAUUGUUGGCAGUUGGGAUACGUUCUUGCCUGCGUUAAAGUUUGCUACGGAGCAGGGUCUCUAUAUCACUCUUCACUGCGGAGAGGUACCUAACCAAGAGGAAAUCAAAGCAAUGAUAGACUUUCUUCCACAUAGGAUCGGUCAUGCUUGUUGCUUCGACAAGGAAAACUGGAGAAAGUUGAAAUCAGUGAAAAUCCCCGUUGAGAUUUGUUUGACAUCCAAUAUCAGGACGGAAACGAUUUCUUCAAUAGAUAUUCAUCAUUUCGUUGAUCUAUACAAGGCAAAACAUCCUUUGGCUCUCUGCACAGACGAUUCUGGGGUUUUCUCCACCAGUCUUUCCAGAGAGUACGGUCUUGCGUCCUCUGCAUUCAGUCUCGGAAAGACCGAAAUGUUUCAGCUUGCUGAAAAUGCUAUUGAUUUCAUAUUUUCUGAUGAUGGAGUAAAGGCAGAUUUAAGAGCAACAUUCAAAGCAUCCGCCGAGAAGCUGGAUUUAUGAGUCGGUAUCGAUAUCAUAAGCAUAAUUAUACUUCCUACUGAGCAUACUUUAUAAUUAUAGGGCAUUGGUAACAUUGUUGUUCCAAUUUCAGUUGCAAGCAAUUUGAGACCGUGCUAUAUCAUAUCAUUUAUAUAUGACUUUUGUUGAUUUUUUUA